CCGACCCGACGGGGGUGUGGGGCGCGGAGCGGCGCCGGGACAAAGCGGAGCAGCCGGGCACGGCGGCCGCGGCAGCCAGGGCCUGGGCCGCGGUCCGGCCACUCGGGCCGAGCUGGACUGGCCAUUAUGGAGGAGGAGCUGCAGCAUUCCCACUGUGUGAACUGUGUCAGCAGACGGUGCAUGACCCGACCAGAGCCUGGGAUUUCCUGUGACUUGAUUGGUUGCCCAUUGGUUUGUGGAGCAGUUUUCCAUUCUUGUAAAGCUGAUGAACAUCGACUUUUAUGUCCAUUUGAACGAGUGCCUUGUUUAAAUAGUGACUUUGGAUGUCCAUUUACAAUGGCCCGAAAUAAAGUUGCUGAACAUCUAGAAACAUGCCCUGCAAGCGUGGUGUGCUGUACUAUGGAGUGGAACCGAUGGCCAGUUAGUUAUGCCGACCGGAAAUCCUAUGAAAUUCUGAGCAAAGAUGUUGAUGAAGUGGCACAAUUAGAUAUGGCUUUGGCCCUUCAAGACCAAAGGAUGCUCUUAGAAUCUCUCAAAGUAGCCACCAUGAUGUCAAAAGCGACUGAGAAAGUAUCAGAAGCUAGAGAACAAAUUUCAGUUAAAUCAAGUGUCCCAGAAAUACCACAUACUAAUGGCUUGGUCUCUGUUGAUGAGAAAUCUUAUGGUGCACUUUAUCAAGCUACUGUAGAAACAACCAGAAGUUUGGCUGCUGCUUUAGAUAUCCUAAAUACUGCCACAAGAGACAUUGGCAUGUUGAGUACAAGUCUUUGUGUGUCCCCAGAUGAGAUAGAUGAAGAGCAGAAUACCAGAGAAAGCUUACAGGAUAGAAACUUAAAAGACCAGGAUCUUCUUUAUGAGGAUGAGAUAGGAGCAGUAGGUGGAAUUGACCACCACGACACAAUUCAGAAUGCCCAGCCUGAACAAAAUGGUUCAAGUGAUUUAUUAUGUGACUUGGAUACAAGUUCUCAUGGCACUUCUCUUUGUAAUGGCUUUCCUUUGGGAAAUAUAUGCACACAGGUACAGAAUCAGAAUUUACAUGGUGAUUCAAAACAAACUAACUUAACAAAUGGAGAAUGUGUGGCAUCAGAUGACACUUCAAAACCUUCCAGUUCACUUUCAAUAGCAGCACAACUUAGGGAAGUAAUACCGCCCAGUCCUUUGCCUAAUGGCACAGUACAGCAUAUCCUCAUGCCCGGUGAUGAGGAUGAAGGAGAACUGUAUUGUAGAAAAGUAGACUUAGGGGAUUUGAAGAAUAUGGAUGUCUUGCCUUUUGGUAUGCCUUCAUUCAAAUAUUUUUCUAAUUCAUGUUGGUGCAAAUCAAUGGAAGAUAAAGCAGUGGAUACAUCAGAUUUGGAAGUUGCAGAAGAUCCAAUGGGCCUCCAAGGAAUAGAUCUAAUCACAGCAGCAUUACUCUUUUGUUUAGGAGAUUCUCCAGGUGGGAGGGGUAUAUCUGAUAGUCGCAUGGUUGAUGUUUAUCACAUUGACUUUGGGACUCAGACUUUUUCACUUCCGUCUGCAAUAUUAGCUACAAAUACAAUGGUUGGGGAAAUAGCCUCAGCUUCAGCUUGUGAUCAUGCCAACCCACAGCUUUCAAAUCCAAGCCCGUUUCAGACACUUGGGCUGGAUUUAGUUUUGGAAUGUGUCGCUAGGUACCAACCCAAGCAGCGUUCAAUGUUUACAUUUGUUUGUGGACAGUUAUUUAGAAGAAAAGAAUUUUCUUCACAUUUUAAGAAUGUACAUGGUGACAUUCAUGCUGGGCUCAAUGGCUGGAUGGAACAGAGGUGUCCUUUAGCUUAUUAUGGCUGUACCUAUUCUCAGCGUAGAUUUUGUCCAUCAACACAAGGAGCAAAGAUUAUACAUGAUCGCCAUCUGAGGUCAUUUGGAAUUCAGCCAUGCAUAUCUACGGUAUUAGUAGAACCUGCUAGAAACUGUGUGUUGGGAUUACAUAGUGACCAUCUAAGUAGUCUUCCUUUUGAGGUCCUGCAGCAUAUUGCAGGCUUUCUCGAUGGCUUCAGUUUAUGCCAGCUCUCACGUGUAUCCAGGUUAAUGAGGGAUGUGUGUGGCAGUCUGCUUCAGUCUCGUGGAAUGGUCAUACUACAAUGGGGGAAGAGAAAGUAUCCAGAUGGAAAUUCAUCAUGGCAGAUAAAAGAAAAGGUGUGGCGAUUCAGUACUGCAUUUUGUUCUGUCAAUGAAUGGAAGUUUGCUGACAUCCUAAGCAUGGCUGACCACUUGAAGAGAUGCAGUUACAAUAUCGUAGAGAAGCGGGAGGAAGCAAUCCCACUGCCAUGUAUGUGUGUGACACGGGAACUUACUAGGGAAGGACGUUCGCUACGCUCAGUUUUGAAACCUGUACUUUAAAAACUAUAACUCCACUUGCACAGACAUGAAAACAUCUAGUAUAAUUUCUUUGUAAUAUGUGACAGUUUAUUAAUGUAUUGAAGACUACAACUAGCUAAAUUUAUUGUCAUGAUGUACAUAAUGUUUUGAGGUGACAUAUUUUUGUAAAAUAAGUAGUUGGGAAAAAGUUGCCUUAAUGUUUGAAAUGUGUGAAAUUUUUGGAACUUGCUGGACAGGGUGAUUUAAUUUUUAGCUAUAUAAUUUUUGGAAUUAAUAUUUUUAAUGGUGUGUUGGCUCUUAAAUAUUUGGCUUCUUUAACUAAUGAGAUCCUGACCAAAAAAUUUAUUCCUGUGUUUUCUAUAGGUUGUAACCCAUGCAUUCAGAAAGCGAACCUUUGAUUUAAAUUUUCACUGCAUAGAUUUUUAAGAUAAAAACAUUUAAAUGAUUUAAGCACUCCCAAAAGAUCACUAUAAAGUUUUUAUUUGUAGUGCUCCCCUUACGCGCAGUUGUUGGUACGUAGAUGAUCUCUAAUAUAUACUUAAAUAAUAUUUAAAAUCAUGACUAAUAUUUGGUAAUGCCAUUUACCAUGUUCUAAAAAUAAUUCACAGAGAUGUGUUCAUCUUAUGUAUUAAUAACUCUCAUACCAAGAGUGUCCGUAUGCAGCUUUCUUUUUUGUUAGAUGCCACAUCCAAAGACGUACGGGAGCGUGUUAUGUGACAAGUUAAUGCAAAAACAAACAAAAAGCCUGUGAAUUUAAUUUGAAUCUUUAUGGUAUUAUAUAUUUGCUAGGUAUUUGGUAUUUGGAGAAAAGUAAAUAAAUAUACCUCAUUUUAAGUUUGAAUUGGGCAGAUUGUGUGAAUACAUUUCAAAUAUUCAGAAUGGAAAGGGCUUAACCAUUUUUUUUCAUAAGCUUUUAAAAAUUUUGCCUUUGAUAUUUAUUUAAAAAAAAACUUGUUUUAAGACAUUUAAAAAUGUGAAAUUUGGUAUCAUCUUUGUAAGAUGACAAUCAUGAAGAACAGAAACCUAUCUUGAUUGGCAAUCUCUUACAAACAUUUUCAAGUUAAUUUCCCAUAGACUUCUCUAACAAAAAGUAAGAAUUGCAUCUUUGUGUAAAGAUCAAGGUAUAAUAGAAAAAUAUUCAAAGAUUUUUUCUUGAAGUAUUUCAUUAGAGCUUUCAAAUUGAUUUAUACUCUUAUCGACCUGAUAUGCUCAAUUAAAAAAAAAAAAAAAGAG